UAUUUAUUUUUUCUGAAUCAUGUUGCUACAGAAACAGAGGAGGAGGAGCAUAUUGGUGAAGGUGACAGGGAGUUCAGUGGAGAAGCAGAACAAGAACAGGUAGCAGCAUCAGCAUCAGUUUCGACAGAGACAGCUUUAGAUUUAGGUGACAGAAACACAGGUCCUAAACAAGUAAAGCUAGCCCAAUACCGACAAAGUGUGUUUGGCACACAAAAAAGGGCCUUCCAGUUCAACUGGUUUCAAAGCUUUAAUUGGCUUGAAUACUCCUGUAAAAGGGAUGCUGCAUUCUGCUAUGCAUGCAGGGUGUUUGGGCGAAAUUUAAAACAGGACGUAUUUGUUAGUGGUGGUGUGAAAAAUUGGAGGAAGGCACUCAGCUUCUACCACAAGCAUGAAUCCUCACAGUCCCAUAAAGAUAGUGUCAUUCGUUGGCAGAGCUACAAAUCAAGUCUUUUGAAGGGUAGUGUCGUACAACAAAUUGAGAGUGCUACUUCCACUGAAGUGCAAGAGAGAAGGGAGUACUUAAAACGCAUUGUAGCAGUAACCUCCCUGUUGGGGAAACAGGGAAUUCCAUUCAGGGGUCACGAUGAGUCUUGUGAAAGCCACGAUAAAGGAAUGUUUGCAGAAUGCUUCAAACUGGUGCAGAAAUUUGACCCAUUUCUCAAAAGUUACACUCUUCCACUGAACACAACAUAUCUUUCAAGUUGCAGUCAGAAUGAAAUGGUACAGUGUUGUGCAGAGGAGGUCACUGCAACUAUUGUGAAGGAGAUGAGGGAAGCGCAGAUGUUUGCCAUUAUGGCUGAUGAAGCCAGGGAUGGAAAAAGGGAACAGCUAUCACUCUGUGUGAGGUAUGUCACAGGCAGAAUGAUUAAAGAAAGAUUUCUAGCCCUAACAGAGUUGAUGGGCUUUGAUGCUGAGUCAAUUGCCAACACCAUUGAGCAAUAGUUAGCUCUAAAUGGCAUUGGAGAUCUCAAAUGUGUGGCUCAAACGUACGAUGGUGCAGCAGUGAUGAGUGGGGCUGUGGGCGGUGUCCAGGCCCAUUUCAGAA